AUGUUCAUGGUUAGAGACCACCAGAUGUUGCAGUGUGAUCUCAUGUUCUGUAUGGAGAGAAAGUGGAAAUCCAACGUUGAAAUUGCUCCCAAUUGUCCUCGUUGUGCCUCUCCCAACACCAAAUUCUGUUAUUACAACAACUAUAGUUUGUCUCAGCCUAGGUACUUCUGCAAAGGCUGCAGAAGGUAUUGGACUAAAGGCGGUUCCCUAAGGAACGUACCCGUCGGCGGCGGAUGUCGGAAGAGACAACAAGGGAAGUCGAUGAGGGAAAGUGUCGAGAAAAGAGGUCGAGUUUCGAUGUCUUGUAAGAAUUCAAGUAGUUCUUUUUCUAAUGAGGAUUCAGGGAAUCGACCCGAUAUCGACCUAGCAGUUGUUUUCGCCAAAUUCUUGAACCAAAACUCAAGUUUUGAUCAACCUGAGCUGAAUGAAGAUAACAAUUCAUCAAUGGAGUGCCAGAAACCGGAUGUUCAUUCAAUUCAGGAGCCUAACAGGCUUCGAGAAAUGCCAGAAACCGAUGAGAUAGAGGCGUUCGGGUUACAAAGUUUGUUAGCAGCCGAAGAUCAAGUGGUGUUACCGGACGGAUUAUGGACUGACCAUGAUGUUGCUGCAACAACACCAGACUUUGCAUGGCAAAUGCAACAAUUGGAGUCAUUUCCAGUGGAUGAUCAACUAAAGGUUUCUGCAAACUUAAUGAAUGAAGAUUGGGGUUCUUUCGAUCUUUCUGGGUUUGGAAUUUUUUCGAAGCCUUGA